ACUUUAUUAGCACACACCGAACACUCCUCCUCUGUAUGUCACGCAAAGGUGUCAUGUAGUUAGCAAUGUUAAGUCAGUAAUUAUAUUUUGUCACAGCGUUUCCCGUAACUACCGUUUCCUGACGUGUUGAAUACUUUUUAAAAUCAAAUGGUUUGGAAUCGCUACUUUUUUCAUUUAAUUCACUGCUGUUUCCUGUGUUGUAGCUCACCUGUACAGCUGUCCAUGGUAAAGAUGCUUCUCCGGAUGUUGUGGCCCAGAGUGGGAGCUCUUGGGCCUGUAGAGAGAAAACCAGUCUGCAUCUGUGCCACUGCCAGUCUGUCCCAGUCUGUCCAGUCACACAAGUAUGAAUCCAAGCCCAGGACUUUAAACUGGUCUGACACAUGGACCUUUUCAAGGACCUGUUCUUUGAAUCCUCUUCACCAACCGCAGAAGCAAAUAAGACAUGUUCUGCCUGCUUCAGGUGGAUUUAAAAGUCUCAGCGGCCCUUUGUUUACUGACCAUGGGAUACUGACUAAAUGUGGACAGAAGCGUUUUUAUUCACCCGACCUUGUGAAGUCAGUGUUAAAACCCAGUCUAAAACCAGCAAUGGUUCCGGGAAAAAGGGUUCCCAAAGGACCGAGAACAAAACAACCCUCUAGAGCUAAUCAGCCUUCUUUGAAUGAAGACAAGGACAUGAUGCAAUGUAUUGCCUUUGCAACAGCAGAUCAGUAUCAUUUGCCAACACUUUGCCACGACUUGAUAAGCCACGGCUUCCAAGAGAUAGAUUUACCAAGAGAUGCCUCAAAUGUGCUGGUGAUAAGCACAGACAUGGCAGCAAAACCAGAUGACGAUGCUCUAAUGUUCUUCUUCAGGGAAGGCUCAGUAGUUUUCUGGAAUGUUGAGGAGAAAACGAUGAAAAAGGUGAUGAGGGUACUGGAACAUCAUGAGAUCCAGCCCUAUGAAGUAGCAUUAGUCCACUGGGAAAAUGAGGAAAUUAACUACAUACUUGGAGAGGGAAAUACAAAGCUUGAGCGCGGCAACUUUAUUCUGAGUGACAAGAUGGAUCAACAUGAAGCCGUUUUGGAGAAGUUUGCAUUUUCAAAUGCACUAUGUUUGUCGGUGAAGCUUGCGAUAUGGGAGGUGUCAUUAGACAACUUUGUAGAGUCAAUUCAAUCAAUCCCGGAGACGCUGAAGUCUGGUAAAAGAGUUAAGUUGUCCUCUGCAGAAGUGAUGAAGAAGAUAGGAGAGCUUUUCACGUUAAGACACUGUAUAAACCUGAGGUCUGACCUGCUCCUCACACCUGAUUUCUACUGGGACCGAGAAAACCUGGAAAAACUCUAUGACAAGACCUGCCAAUUCCUCAGCAUCAACCGCAGAGUCAAUGUUGUGAAUGAGAAGCUGGAACAUUGUACACAGUUAACAGAUCUGAUGAGGAGCCACCUGAGUGAGAAGCACAGCUUGAGGUUGGAGUGGAUGAUAGUCAUCCUCAUUACUAUUGAGGUUUUGUUUGAACUUUCAAAAAUGAUCUUCUAAACUGCUCCACCAACAAAGCACAAAUAGAGGCAGUAGAAGUUCCUGUGAAAGAAUGCUGCACUAUACAAAGGUACUUUGUCAGUAAUAUUUUCUUCAAGCAACUAAAAUUGUGAAAUGGACCUAAUUAAUUUUGAAUGUCUUACUGUUCCUGUUGUACAAUAGAUGCAUUUCAAAAACACACAAUAAAUAAUUUUUUCCUUUUUCUUUUUUUUUUUUUUACCAUUUCAGUACUGUUUUACUGAAGGUCAUGGCCCUGCAGGAUUGUAUUUGCUAAAAUAAAACAGACUUGUUAAUUUUGGGAUCAGUUGGCCACACAGCUUUAUUUUGGCUUUGUUUGCUGCAUUUAUGUUUAACACUGUUUAUUGCACUUUUAAGUUAUGAGCAAAACUGUAUGAAUCUGUUUCACUAUGAAAGAUACUGUUUUUUAAAGCACAUAAUUGGGACACAAGGGCAGAGAGUCACACCUUGACAUGUGACAUUAUUCUUUUGACCGAAACACUAGCAGUAGGAAAAAGAAAGCAAGAUGCGAUCAAGUCCGUUAACGCCAACUGUGAGCGCUGUGUUAUAGUAGAUUGAAUAAAGUGUCUACUUUAAAUGUUGUUUUAAAUGUUUGCCAGUUGUGUGUCAGUGUUUGCAUGUAAAAUAUCAAUUUACUGAGUUGAGAUUAUUAGUUAAAUAGAAUGUCUGAAGCUUACUUCACCAGAAGUUUCAAUAUAAAAGGAUUUGCAAUACAAUACAAGUACAUACAUGUAUGAAUUUAUUCAAAUAAAAUAAUAUUUUAUUAAUAAAACACUGGUAAAUAUGUAUGUAAAUAUAUAAACACAGGUUUAUGUUUUACAUUUAGUCAUUAGUGAACAUAAACGCAUAUCAGAUCAGCAAGAAUUUUCCAUAAAAGUUAGUAUAUGUGGAAGAAAAAUCCAGAGAGGAAAAAUGGCUGACACAAAAGGUUGUCUUGACCAAUUUCUUCUCUCAUCCUUACCACACACUUACUGAACCUAUGGUAUGAUUGAUAUAAUAAUAAUAAGAUAUGAUACUAUAAGCUUACACACAAACAGCUCGGAAAUUAAAACUGGUAAAGUAAAGCUGCCAUGAUUGUUAAAGUUUAAGGCUCUGCUGAUUAUAAUUAUAUUGAUGGAUACUUAUGUGAAGAUUAAUUUAACUUCAAAUCAAUAAUGUGUAAAUGAUUACUUUUUUAACCAUGAUGUGUAUGGAGUUAUUUUAGUGACAGCACAAAUUGAAUCUGAGUUUAGUAGUUUUGAAUUUGCGGUCCAAAGAAGUCCUUUGAAAGGUGUUGGAUUGAAUUGGAGCUCUCGUAUUCUAGUAUGGAGUCCUCCGGAUGAAUGCUUCAGAGUUGAAGCUGUAUUUGAAAACUAAAUCUGGAAUUCCUCUGAAACUGUAAUAAUACAAAUUUAAUCUAUUAUAUUCAAUUUCAAUUUGUGAAAUACAAAAUUUUCCAUACAUGUGCCAUGCUCUCAUCAUGCUCGUAUUUUAAAACUUCUCACAGUAGAAAUUCUUGUACAUUCAAAAUGAGUGCAUUUCUGCCUGUAUGAGCAUUAAAACAUUUGUAAUAUACAGUAAUACUAGUAUGCUCAGGUCUGCCUAUUGUAUAUACUGCAUAGAUCCCAUGGGAACAUAUAUUUAAGUGAAAUUAUGAAACACAAACUGAAUGACAAAAUGACUUACGAACACAGAUAUAUAGUAAAGGCUCUGAAAUAUCUACAUAUACUAAUAUAAUAGUAGCAUCCUUGAGAGAGAAAUGAACAUAUGUCCCGUGUCUGGGUCACAUACAUUAUGAAUUUAUGUUACUUAAAAAAAAAAAAAAAAAAAAAAA